UGGCAGUGGUUGCCAGACUUUGCACAACACUAGUGAAAGUCAGAAUGUCACGCCGAAACCGUAGCUAAAUCAGGGAUAUAAACAAAUCAUUUUGUUUAUUUUCCGCAAACGAGCUACCUCACACAUACCAAAUUAUGCAGCUUAGCACAGGCAAUAGAAUACUGAAACUGAUUUCUACCGGAGCCAGACUUGCCAGCUCAGCAAAUACGGCACAAAAGCGAAUCUGCAUCGUUGGAGCGGGACCAGCCGGUUUCUAUGCCGCUCAAUAUUUGCUCAAACAUUUGGAAAAUUCGCAGAUAGAUAUUGUGGAAAAGCUGCCAGUUCCUUUCGGUCUUGUGAGAUUCGGUGUAGCUCCAGACCAUCCAGAGGUAAAAAAUGUUAUCAAUACUUUUACGAAAACGGCAGAAAAUUCUCGUGUGAGAUUUCUGGGAAAUUUAACUUUGGGUAAGGAUUUUAGCAUUGAGGAUUUGAGGCGCUUGUAUCAUGCUGUCUUGCUGACCUAUGGAGCGGAUAAAGAUCGCACGAUAAACAUUCCAAAUGAGACCCUGCCUAAUGUGUUAUCAGCACGUGAAUUUGUUGCCUGGUAUAAUGGACUUCCAGGUUUCGAGAACCUUAACCCGGAUUUAAGUGGUAGUACUCUAACACUGUUGGGCCAAGGAAAUGUAGCUAUAGAUAUAGCCAGAAUAGUUCUUUCUUCAGCAGAUGAUCUGAAGAAAACAGACAUUACGGAAUACGCUUUAGAGGCUUUAUCCCGUAGCAACAUCAAGAAGGUGUUGCUGGUGGGACGUCGAGGUCCACUUCAGGCUGCCUUCACCAUCAAAGAAUUAAGAGAAAUACUCAAACUGCCCCAUUGCAUCACUUCGUGGAGACCAAACGAUUUCCAGAAUGUUGAGGAAUGUCUUCCUGAUCUACAACGGCCAAGAAAACGUAUAACAGAGCUCAUGUUGAAAAGCUUGUCCGAACAAAAGCGUUCUGAUGGUACAGGCAAUAUGUUUAUGCCGAUAUUUCACCGCUCACCCGUGAAAAUAAUUGGCAGUGAACGGGUACAAGCGGUAGAAUAUGUUGCCAAUAAGCUUAUUGAUAGCAGGGCAAUUCCCACCAAUGAAACGGAGACAAUCGAAACCGAUCUCGUUUGCCGCAGUAUCGGCUACUUGUCUACAAAUGCCGAUAAAAGUUUAAAUUUUGACGCUCGAAAGGGUUGUAUAUCUAAUGUGGCCGGGCGUGUCCUCAAGAAAACACUCACUGGAAGUGAUCAGACCAUCGACGAUAUUGAAGACAAAUACGAGAAGGGGCUUUACGCUUCGGGGUGGUUAGCAACUGGGCCAACUGGAGUCAUUCUAACAACAAUGAAUGCCUCGUUCGGGGUAGCGGAUUCAAUUUGUAAGGAUUUCCACAACAAUAUCAUUCGAGUAGGUGAUGCUAAAGCAGGUUUAGACUUAGUUGGACGACAAGUAGUAACCUGGGCUGGAUGGAAGGCGAUAGAUAAAGAAGAAUGUCGGAGGGGUGUUGAAAAAGGUAAACCACGGGAAAAAAUUGUUUCACUUAAAGAGAUGUUGAGCAUAGCGGAUGGAAAGUAAGAUACAUAUGAAUGCUGAGCUGUGCUUGUUAAAACUAUGUUUGAAGAAAUAGGUACUACUGUUCAACAGAUAUAUAUUAUGUACUAGAUUUUUUUUCGCCUUGGUAUCAAACGCAAUACAUAGCU